AUAAAUCUGUGUGUGUGUGUCUGUUUAUGAGAAAUGCUAUAUGCAACUGCUCUUUAGAGCUCUACACUAAUUUGGCUCUCUCUUACACACACACACACACACACAUCUAUACACACUACGUGGUUCAGAUGAGUUUUAGUAGGUAAAGUUGCUUUUUAUUGGUAUAUUUGUUAUAUAUUAUACUUACUGCGUUCUUAUUUUCACACGCAGUAAGUCUGAACUGAACCUAUCACUCACAUACAUUUUGACACAUUAAGUCAUAAAGCAUUUCUUAUAAUGGCAUUUUACAAAAUUAAAUCAGCAAUGAUUGUAUUCAACAACAAGAGCGUUUGAUUCUUUGUUAAUAAUUUUGUUGUAGAUCUUCUGUCUCAUUUUACCAUGAAACACAGUAGCUGGGAUUUCUGAUAUCAUAGUAGCUCUUGUUUUUGUAUGUGUGUGUGUGUGUGUGGGGGGGGGGGUCACAUAUUAUAACAUACAAUGAUAGAAAAUACCUGACUUAUCACACAAAGACCAGUGUGCAAAAUUUGGCUGUGUAAUUCACCAAAAAGUGGCCCAUUUUACCUGACCUUACCCUAUGAAAUGAACGCAGACCCUUUUCACUCAGUCCUACAUGGAAAAACUUUGCAAACAUCACAAAGACCCAGUGCUCUUAUGCACACAGUGUGAAGUAAAUAAUGGUGUCUCCUUUAAAAUGUAACCUAAAAAAUGCACUUCCUCAAGGUACUUUAGGUCCUCUUAGGUUUGAUUAAAUCAAUGCUAUAAAAUGUAACCUCCAAAACAAAAGACACUGCAGAAAGACGCGAAAAUAAGCAGCAGAAGAGGGUCUGUCCUCUCCACGUGUGAACGCAGAUCAUGGCAGACUCUUCUGAGGGAGGGGAGGAGUAACCCCCCACACACACGCACGCACGCACGCACUCUCGCUCCGCCAUGCUAGUACGGAGGCUAUGCACUCGUCGCUGCUCUCUGACCCCAGUGGCAGUCCUUUCUUCCUCUGCCGCGGUCUAGACUCGCUCCCCCUCUCCGCCAGUCAGAGCGAGGCUCGCCGCCUGCCUGCGCCGCUUCUCCCGCGUCUCGCCGCAGGGUCUCCCAGGGUCGAGGGUCCUGCCCCUGCCCGGCUCCGAGUGCCACCUCUUCGGCUACCGACAUCUGCAUUCCCCGGCGUGUAUGGAGCAACAUCUUUAGAGAUAGUAUCUCGUCCUUCAUCUCGGCAUUGUCAAGGGUUCUUUUCGGCGUUUAAGUGGUGGUUCUGAAGGAUGCUGACUGUGUGGGUCGCUCCAGGGUCCUGGUGAAGUGUCUCAUGUGUCACGUGGAGAAAGAAUGGCCCACGGAAUGCCGUCACAAGGCAAAGUGACCAUCUCGGUGGACGAGUACAGCUCCAACCCCACGCAGGCCUUCACCCACUACAACAUUAACCAGAGCCGCUUUCAACCGCCACACGUGCAUAUGGUGGACCCCAUCUCGUACGACAGUCCCAAGCCGAGUGGCCACACACGUUUUGUGUGUGUGUCGGACACACACUCGCGGACAGAUGGCAUCCAGAUGCCUUACGGGGACGUUCUCCUGCACACGGGGGAUUUCACCGAGCUGGGCCUGCCCUCGGAGGUCAAGAAGUUUAACGACUGGUUAGGUGGCCUGCCGUACGAGUUUAAAGUGGUGAUCGCGGGGAAUCAUGAGCUGACCUUCGAUAAGAAUUUCAUGGCGGAGCUGGUCAAGCAGGAUUACUAUCGCUUUCCCUCCGUGGCCAAGUUGAAACCAGAGGACUUUGACGAUGUUCAAUCUCUCCUGACAAACUGUGUUUACCUGCAGGACUCUGACGUCACCGUCAAGGGCUUUCGAAUAUAUGGCACACCAUGGUGGCCUGCCGUACGAGUUUAA